CAUGUACCUCUAGAGUUCCGGCAAGUUUAGAAACCUGCAAACAGGUAACAUUCCUUGAGCCUUUCAGAAGAGGGUGGCUGGGGUUUUAUUGCGGACAAAAUGGCUGAAAGUGAUGGACAAGAAAGUGCACGAUGGAUUACAACGGUAAUCAUGAGUUCCUCACUUCAGGGUCAUGACAUUUCAGCCUCUCUACAAAACCAGCAACAUCGGAUUCGGUAUUCAGAUUCAGUGGAAAUUGGAUCAGUUAUUUUCUCCCUUUCAGGUGUUGCAUUUUUAUUGGCCGAUGUUCAAGACUUGUUUCUCACAAAUACAGAACCAUUCUUUGACAGAAUAAAGAAGUUCAUGACCAUUCAUAGAAAUGGAUUUUUGUUGUUGUCAGCUGCCCUUCACGGAUCAAAAGAAUGGGAUGUAAUGUUCAGAGUUCAGCAGAGAUUCCUGGGCAGCAAUUUACGAAUAAUUCCCGUCCACAAUAGUGCUGAAGCUGUUAAACUUAUGCUGACUAUUGCAAAGACCACUUCAAAACCAUACUUGGACAGCAUUCGCUAUAGAACGCUAAUGGCAAAAACACAGAUUGUAGAACAAAGUCCAGUUUGGAAAAUGCUUCAUCAGAGCCAACUUGAUUGCAGCUUAUUAAACACUAGUUAAAGUUUUAUUAUUUAUUUGCAACAUAUCUUUGCUUUUAUUUAUUUGCAAUGUAUCUUAAUUUCAUGUUUCAAAAAAUGCACUUCAAAGGAAUCCAGAAUGUUUCCUAUAUAAAAACUAAAGACACAUUAGAGUUUGUUUAAAGUUUUAUUUGUCUUUUGGCAUUUAAGAACAUGAACAAUGAAUACUGAGUAUAUUUAAGCUCUGAGUGGAAACUGGCAACCGGAUAGUCACAGAAGUAACAUUGUGAAAGAACAUUCAUUAUUCAAGUGCACAGACGAGUAACAUGUACAUGAUUACCAGGAGGCAGUUUAUAGCAAAAUAGUUGUUUAUGCAUCUGUAUUUCAACUUCUGUAAGAAUAACAUUUGUUGACAUUUCCCUCAUGAACGGAAAUAAACAUCUCUUUUGUAUUCAAG